AUGACAAGUGUUACACAGCAUUCAAUACAACGUUUUACUGUUCGUGUACGUAUGAUUCUCAAUGAUUACGCUGCGAAACGAGGAUCAACUAUUGUUCAUACGUAUAUUCAAUGUGAAAAUCGAGGUGUCUGUCAUUUAUCUUCGUCUAUAUCUGUACAUGCGACUGUUUCAUUGGAACUUACGACCAAAAUUGUCAAUUGA